UGCUCCGUCACGUGAUCCGGUUCCACAGUUAAAGACGAACUUUAGUUUCUGCGGUUUGAGGCACAGCCAAACACAAACAUGAAGUUUCUGGAGCUUUUUGGACGUUUGAAGUCCGUGGUUAUCGGAAUGAUUCAUGUCAAAGCGUUACCAGGUUCCCCUCUGGGCUGCCUAAAGAUGUCCCAGAUCGUGGAGCAAGCGUGCCGGGAGGCGGAGGUGUACCGGAAUGCGGGGGUGGACGGUCUGAUCAUGGAGAACAUGCAUGACGUUCCGUACACGUUCCACGUGGGUCCGGAGGUUUGCGCCGGCAUGACUUCGGUCUGCGUCGCCGUGAGGACAGCCUGUCCGUCUCUGCCGCUCGGAGUGCAGAUCCUGUCUUCUGCUAACCGGCAGGCGCUGGCCGUGGCUCUGGCCUCAGGUUUGGACUUCAUCCGGGCGGAGGGCUUCGUUUUCUCCCACGUGGCGGAUGAGGGGCUCCUGAACGCCUGCGCCGGCGACUUGCUGCGGUACCGCCGGCAGAUCGGAGCCGAGCACGUGCAGAUCUUCACCGACAUCAAAAAGAAGCACAGCGCUCACGCCCUCACGGCAGACGUGACCACGGAGGAGACGGCUCGAGCCGCCGAGUUCUUCCUCUCAGACGGACUCAUCCUCACCGGAGCGGCUACAGGAGACCCGGCCGACCCCCACCAGCUCAGAGAGGUGACCCGUUCGGUGAAAAUCCCCGUUCUGAUCGGCUCUGGAGUGACGUUUGACAACGUCGACCGCUACCUGGACGCCAGCGGCUUCAUCAUCGGCUCCCACUUUAAGGCGGGGGGUCACUGGGCCGGCGCCGUCGACCCCGACAGAGUCAAGAGGUUUAUGGAAAAGAUCCGACGCCUCCGGGAAUAAACGUGAAAAUAAUCACCAGAUUUAAAAAAAAAA